CGGUAGUGUUGUGCAUGACGUCACCGGGACACUGAGUCGUCAGAAACUCUGUCUCGAUGGUCCCUGAUCGCUCCCAGCGUCUUUCACCGGUUACAGCUCGUUAGUCGGUUUCUUUUCUGGAGCUGUGAGAUUGCUGGUGUCUCUAUGAGCUUUUAAACGGGAAUUUGGUCCAAAUUCUGGGUCUUUCUGAGCCGUUUUUCUGACCUUUGGACACGAACAGGCAGGAAGCUAACUGCUAGCGACAGCCCCUAACUUUCAGCGACCUUCUGCACUAGUUUCUGGCCUCUUCUUGGGUUUCUGACCGAACUCUGCUGGAAAACCUGGAAUUCUGUCCCAAAUAGAUGAAGAUGGAAUGUGAGAGCAGAUAGCGACGAAUCAGAACUGUUUCAGGACCCGAAACCGAGUCGUCAGGAUGGCCGCAGACUUUACCUUGAUCCAUCGAACCUGCAAGUUGGUGGUUCUGCUCUGCUUCCUCCACAUCUCCGUCACCUUCUUUUUCUACGUCCGAACCCUAGACAUCCGGUUUUCCUUCGCCCAGAACCAGCAGUCCCACACCAACCUAACCCGGCCCAGACACGCCCUGCUCCCUGCCAGCAGCUCCAGAACCGAACAGAGGGAUACCGCGACCCGGAGGAAGGAGGAGCGCCAGCUGUACGAACCGGAUCAGAUCACUACGGAGAAGCCGGUGAAGCAGCUUGAAAAAUGUCCAGAAACGUCACCCCUGCUGGUGGGUCCUCUAAGGGUAGAGUUCAACAUCCCCGUGAGCCUGGAGCAGAUCAAGAAGGACAACCCCAACAUCCAGCUGGGCGGACGCUCCAAACCCAAAGACUGCCUGGCGCUGCAGAAGGUCGCCAUCAUCAUUCCGUUCCGCAAACGAGAUGAACACCUGAAGUUCUGGCUGUACUACCUGCAUCCCAUUCUGCAGAGGCAGCAGCUCGACUACGGCGUGUACGUCAUAAACCAGGACGGGGAUCAGAUCUUCAACCGGGCCAAGCUGCUGAAUGUGGGCUACAUGGAGGCUCUGAAGGAGUACGACUACAACUGCUUUGUCUUCAGCGAUGUAGACCUGAUCCCCAUGGACGACCGGAACACCUACAGGUGUUUCAGCCAGCCAAGACACCUGUCUGUGUCCAUGGACAAGUUCAGCUUCAGGUUACCCUACAACCAGUACUUCGGAGGAGUUUCAUCCAUGAGCAAAGAGCAGUACCUGAAGAUCAACGGCUUCCCCAACAACUACUGGGGCUGGGGUGGAGAGGACGACGACAUCUUCAACAGGCUGGCUUCCAAAGGGAUGAGCAUCUCCAGACCCAGCGGAGAGGUUGGAAAGUGCCGCAUGAUCCGACACAACCGGGACAAGCAGAACGAGCCCAACCCUCAAAGGUUUGAUCGAAUCGCCCACACUCGAGAGACGAUGCACAAGGAUGGGAUCAGCUCCCUGACCUACACAGUGGUGCAGGUAGAGAAACUGGACCUGUUCACCAAGAUCACCGUGGACGUGGGGAAACCCUGAGUGGGCCUGCUCGGCCCAUUCGAGACGGACCGGAGCUGGACCGAUGCAGUAAAGACCGUGCACUAUCUCUGACACUUGAAGCUUUAAAUUGUGGCUCUGGUUCUGUUGGACUGGGCCUGCUGGACUCAUUUGUUGCACAAACAGACUGAAUGUUAUGUUUUUCUUCGAAGCCUUGAGGACUCCUCUCUGAUUGGUCGGCUGGAGCCAAUCAAAUGCUGCUGCUGCACAUCUUAAAGAGGCUUAUAUUUUGAAAAUGAGAUCCUUCCGGGUCACAUGGGGGAUGGGUGGGUGUUGUCUGGUUCUGGUUGAUUUUGCAGGUACCAGUAACUUCUUCGUUUUUGAUCCAAUCAGAUGAUCCAGCUUCCUUCUGAUUGGAUCAAUCUGAAUAUUCGGGGAGAGGGUUUCUCUGUGAGGCGGGGCUAGAAGUCGACAAUUUGAUUGGUCAGCUUCUUUGACUAAUGUUCUAACAGAACUUUAAAAGUUUCUAAAAGUCAGAGAAAGUUCUGUUGAACAGAGCAUCCGCUGACAGACAGGCUAAAGGUUCUAGUUCAGAAUCAAAGAAACUGUUCAGCUUAGCCGAACCAGAUCAACACUCAGAACAUUGUUCCAAAGAACUGAGUUCUGGAGGUUGCCUCUGCUCUCCACACUUGAAUCAAACAGAACUAGAUCUUGUUUGGACCAAGUUGGACCAAACAUUUUGAGUUAACCUCUUUUAUUUCUGUGAUCCAACCAAAAAGACAUGAUGUCAUCCAGUCUACGCCUCUCAAACUGGGUCAGAAAAUGAUUCAAGAACAGGUUUAUUAUUUGAGAAUAAUUGGAAUCAGAUCAGGUUCAGAACCAGGUCCAAACUACAGGCUGUCUCUGCAGGCUGAUGUGUGAUUGAUAAAUAGUUGUGAUCUGAACCAGGACCUGGUCCAUUGAUCAAUGAACAGUGUGUGUGUUGAUUGAACCGAUUAUCAGAUAUGUUGAACAUAAAUGAUUGUAUAUUGAUUUUGAUUCAGGAUCCUUCCAGCAGCUGUUGGUACCAAAGACCUUGUUGUCCUGUGAACCGGGUCAGCUGACAGCUGGACUGGACCAGCAUGUCUCAUUAUUGGCGACUCAUUAUGGAUCAGUGUGAAUGUGUGUUUCACUGCUUCUUCUUCUGCAGACCAAACUGUGUGGAACAAUCACCUGUAAUGUGCCUUAAACUGACAGCUGUCAUUUUAACUGGUUGAACUGGUCCAGGAACCAGUACGCUGAUAAAUACAAAAACAGAAAUCUGA